AUGGAUUUGGAUGUAUGUGAUAAAGAUUCAGAACAGAAAGGGAAAUACAAGCUGUAUGCUGAUGAGCAGCGAAAAGCAGAAUAUUCAGAUGUGGAUGUUGGAGACCACGUCCUGGUGAGACAAGAGAAGGUGGUGCACUGUCGUUGCUCCAAAUGCUACUCAAUUCCAGUGCGGAAAAGAGUCCGUAAGCGAACCCCAGACCUGACACUACUGUCGCUUCCUGAGGAGGUCCUCCUGUGUAUCCUCCGAUGCCUCUCUGCUGAGGAGCUGCUAGCCAUCAGAGCAGUCCACUCUCAGCUGCGGGACAUUGUUGAUAACCACUCCAGUGUAUGGGCCAAAGUCAGUUUCAGAGACACCUGGCCAGCCCCUAACACAGUGUGGCUGUUUGAAAGGGCUGCAGAUAAAGGGAAUUUUGAAGCGGCAGUUAAACUAGGCAUUGCAUAUUUGUACAACGAAGGACCGCUGUUGAGUGACGAGGCACGGGCUGAAGUGUGUGGCCGCAAGGCUUCUCACUUCUUAUGCCUGGCGGAAAGCCUACGCCCCCCUAUGACUGACCCCUUCAUCUGGGUCUUUAUCCGUCCCCCCUGGUCCCCCACUGGUAGCUUCUGCAAGGCCAUGGUGUUUGACCGUCUCAAGGCAGAGUGUGACGUCAAUGUGGAGAAGAAGGGACCCUUGCUGCACUGUCUGGCCAGAGUUCUGCAGCUCUUUGAUGAUGAUGAGAAGCGCUCAGAGGCCUUGCCCAUGCUGGAAGAAUCAUCACAGGCUGGCUGUCUACAGAGUUCCUACCUCUUGUGGGAGCACAACCGUAAAGCUGCUAUGUCAGACCCAGGCAGGUACCUCCAGUGUGUAAGAACCCUCAGGGACUAUGCUGCUAAAGGAUGCUGGGAGGCUCAGGUGGCCCUUGCCAAGAUUUGCAGCAGUGGUAACCCCCUCGGUCUUGAGGCCAGGGCCUGCACUGACCUAGUGGCCCAGCUCUUCAAUUCCUCUACCCCAGUCCCACGCCACCGUGCUGAGGAGAUCCUGAGACACGGUAUCAAAGAUACCAUGAGGUACAUCUUGGUAGACUGGUUGGUAGAGGUGACCACCAUGAAGGACUUUUCCAGUCUGACGCUGCAUGUGACGGUGGGUUGUGUGGACCGCUACCUCGCGCUGCGCUCUGUCCCCAAGGCUCGCCUCCAGUUGCUAGGAAUUGCCUGCAUGGUUGUCUGCACACGCUACAUAAGUAAAGAUAUUCUGACCAUUCGUGAGGCUGUCUGGCUCACAGACAACACCUACAAGUAUGAAGACCUGGUCCGCAUGAUGGGAGAGGUUAUCUCUGUGCUUGAAGGGAAGAUCAGGACACCAACAUUGCUGGACUAUGGGGAGGUGUUGCUGUCCCUGCUACCCAUGGAGAAGCGAAGCACUCAUCUGUUCAGUUACAUCUGUGAGCUGUCCCUGCUGUACUCCGCCCUCAGCAUACCACCGCGGGCCAAAUUAGCCUGCGCUGUGCUGCUGCUUACCCGCGCACUGCACCACUACGCUCCCGUCUGGCCUAGCCAGUUGGUUGACAAUACAGGCUUCUCCAAACAAGACCUUGUUCGCCUCGCUGUGCUACUUCACAUCAAGUGUUUCUGUCAAGACGUACCUAAAGACUAUAGGCAUGUAUCUCUUACUGGUGUCAAACAGCGCUUUGAGGAUGAGGCCUACCAGUACAUCAGCAAAGAAAAGGUGAUGGACUUCAAAGACCUGUGUCAGAUCUUGGAAAUCCCUGAGGUGGAGCCUCAGAUGGAGCCUUCCAGCCCCACUAGCCAGCAAACAGACAUUCACACUUUUCUUUCCUCACCAUCCAGCAACAACAAAAGGAGACGCGAUGACAGCAUGCAGGUACACAGAGGCAGUUUCGUGGCCACACCCACAGCUGAGCUAUCCACUCAGGAGGAGACAUUGGUGGGUGACAUCCUGGACUGGAGCCUGGACACUUCCUGCUCUGGCUAUGAGGGCGACCAGGAGGAGAGUGAGGGGGAGAAAGCUGAUGAGACCUCAUUCAUGGCUAUCAAACUGCACCAGUUGACGAAAGCAGACACUGGAUUCGAGCAUUGCCGAGCCCUGUCCAGUGAUGAGGAAAGCUUUUGUGAAGCAGAGAGGGGAGAGGUCAUCAUGGAAGGCCAGGGUAGUGGCUGGAGCCAGCCCGAUGAACCUUCCUUCUCCGCAGAUCUUCACAGCUCAGGUUACUCCUCUGUCCAAAGUGCUAGUCCUUCCUCCACGUGUUCUUCCUCCACCCUCAUGCCCUGCACAUUCAAGGCCAUUGCCGCUGCCGUGAACACAGAGUCUGGCAAUACAGAGCCAGGCUUCCGCCUCCUGGUGCCCAUGCAGAGGCCAGGGGGACCCUUCUGUAAACAAGUGAAGAGGAAAAAUGCUGCAGCCCAUAGUGCAGGAGAGAUGGAGAGAGAAGAGGAGCAUUCUGCCAGUGCAGGAUUCAUUAGCCUUUAA